AAAGAAAACGAGCUCAGGCUGUGAAGAAGAAUUGAGAGGAAGAACAUAAUAAUGAAGAAACUGGGCGUUUGAGCCCAGUUGUUGACAACCAGCCGAGCAGCUAGAUGCACACGGGUCUCUCUACCUGUUGGCUGUGCUGUAGAUGCAGUGGGUGGUUGAUAGUGCACUGAGAAUGGGAACUCCAUCACCGAUAGCACCUUCCUAAUGUCCUCAUACCCUAGUCUCCCACAGGUUGCCAACUCCAUUUUGAAUUUCAGCAAAUUGCUUGAUUUGUUUCCUACACUUUAGUUCCAGUCUUACAAUAAGCAAUUCAAGGAAAUCAUCAGCAUCAUGUCUGGGAAACCCAGACUUACCUACUUUAAUGGCAGAGGGCGAAUGGAAUCCAUCCGGUGGUUGAUGGCAGCAGCCGGAGUUGAGUUCGAAGAAGUGUUUUUGGAAACAAGAGAACAGUAUUUGAAGCUAAUCAAAGAUGGACAUUUGCUGUUUGGUCAGGUCCCAUUAGUGGAGAUGGAUGGGAUGAAGCUGGUGCAAACAAAGGCCAUUCUCAACUAUAUAGCAAGGAAAUACAACCUCCUUGGGAAAGACCUGAAAGAAAAAGCACAAAUUGAUAUGUAUGUGGAAGGCACAAUAGAUCUGAUGACAAUGAUUUUAAUGUUUCCGUUCUCUCCACCUGACCAAAAAGAGGCUCAACUUGCCUCCAUCGUUGAGAAGGCCAAAACCAGAUACUUGCCAGUCUAUGAAAAGGCAUUGAAACAGCAUGGACAGAAUUUUCUUGUUGGCAAUUGCUUGAGCUGGGCAGAUAUACAGCUGCUGGAAGCUAUUUUAACGCUAGAAGAGAAAAAAAAGGAUAUUCUCGCACAGUUCCCUCAACUACAGGAUUUCAAAGCAAGAACAAGCAACAUUCCCAAUAUUAAGAAGUUUCUGCAGCCUGGGAGCCCAAGGAAGCCGCCUCCUGAUGAUGCAUAUGUAGCCACCGUGCUGAAGAUUCUUGGCCCUCUCUAAGAAUUGCAUCGUAUCAAGAAUGCUUUUCUGUGGGGAAGCAAAUGCUGAAAACCAGAAGAGCGUGAAAUAAAAUGGUCACCUUCAUAAUUAAAAGCAAUUUGUGAGAAUGUAGAA